UUGUUAAUGGACACAAAAAAACUGGUGGAUAUUCAUUCACUGCAUGAAUGUAUUACCUUACUUUUAAUUCUUUUAAUUUAGGGGAGAGUGGGGGAACAUGUCGAAUCUCAAGUAUUUUGACAGGAGGAGAUGAGACAUUAGAUCACUGCAGGAAUUACUGGAUCCAGGGAAACAAGUUAGUUAGAACCUUAGCAGUUAGGCCCAAAAAUGAAAUUGGACAUUGUUGAUUUAUUGCAGAGAGGUUCAGAAAGCAGAUGAUAUCAGGCCAUAUUUGAUUUUUUGUAUUUCUUUAUGUCAUGUGGUCCACACUCCUUACCGGCUGGUGGCGGUAAUGCUUACCUAACGGUUUUGCCAAUCGCCAGUAAAACUUAAGAAGAAGAAGGAGGAAGCGGAAGAAGACUGCUGUUAUUUAGACGUAAUCGGGAAACUGAACUGACUGGGUGUGUGAGUCACUGUACCGCUUCAAAAGCAGCAGUGAAGUAUAUCGUUAAGCUAUGGACAGAACGUUCAGUCGGAUUAAGACACAGAGUCUGAGUAGGCUGGACCUGAGUAAGAAAGGCAGCGUGGAUGAAGACAUUGAACAUGUGGUGUCUCUGCUCAACAGCUGUGAGCAGUUCUUCACCACCAGCUCAUGUUCGGGCAGGAUCAUCCUCAUCGAUGGGAUGUCAGGUCUGAGCAGAGCCUGUGGAGAUGCCGUGUUGAAGUUCGAACCCUUUGUUCUCCACGUUCAGUGCCGCAGGCUAGAGGAUGCACAGCUGCUGCAUUCAGUGGCUGUCAACUCAGGCUUCAGGAACUCUGGGCUCACUGUUGGCAAGACAGGGAAGAUUGUAUCGCACCUGAACCAGUUAUGGAGGAAGACAAUCUGCUAAGGGAGAGGUUCCAAGCCAUCACUGAGAAGCAUCACAUUCAAGAGGACAUACUUUGCAAGAAACUUAAACUAGAGGAAGAGAAGCUUAAACUUCAGCAUCUAAAGAAGAGGGCGCUCAGACAGCAGUGGCUGCUGAAGGACUCAGCUUUCCAUAGUGAAAAUCAGCACAGUUUUCUGUCUGACAUGCAGCAGACCAGAGCUUUGCAGCUCAGCAUCCACAGAAUUGAAAUGGAGGUGGACUUUCUGGAGAGACAGGAAUCCAUCAUUUCUACCAAUGAGAGUCUCAUCCUGAACAGACUGAAGGCUGUAGAGAAAAGUCCCAAGGCAAUUAUCACGGAGGCCCAGCACAACUUUAAUGAGUCACUACAGGCAAACACAAAUAAUUUCCGAGAGCAUUCCAACCCAUCAGCCAAAAACCUCUCACAGCCUAACACACCAUCAAAGACUCACUUUAGCAUAGCUGUUUCCAGUGGAAAUGGUUCUUGUGAAGAAUUUAACCACCAUACUGGGCUCAAGUUUUACAAUGAGGACAACAAAUGUCUUCACGCUGUCAGUCCUCAGCAGGAUUUCCAAGCCCAAAACUUUGUUUCUGAGCUGUGUGCCAGUGAGGUGAAGCAGCUGCUGAGAAGUGCUACAAUAUAUAGUCAACUACAACACCACAGCUACCUGGAAGAUAUCAGUGCCUAUGAUGAGCCCAGUCUCUACAAUCAUCAAGAUACGAAGGAAUCCAAGGAAGGACACUACGGUAGCUACAUCCACAGAGACAAAGAUAGCAUAGCAAAGAAAGACAUUAACCACAGGGAAAACUGGCAAAGAAGACCGCAUGAUGAGCAAUGCUCAAGGACACAUUGGGAUUUAGGUAAUCACUAUAGCAACCAUAAUAUUCACAACGAUUUGUUUCAAAUGAGAAAUUCUCACAGUAUUUUCCAGGAUGGACCUACUAGCCCCCACUCCACCGGCAGCUUCAGAAACAGGAUAAAUGGGAGCAGAUCCAAUCACUCCCUGUCACAUGAUCAGAGUCAAGUGACGGCAUGCUGGACGGAACAGUGUCAUGAAGCAACCAGAUUUAUUUCUGCUGUUGAUGAGGACAAACUUUCCUGCUGCUACACAUCAAACAGUAAAACAGAGACCAGCUCCAGUCAUUGCUCUGUUCUGCACAGUGACCACAUGCACUGCAGUAGGGUUCCCUCCCAUCUUUAUGCAAAUGACAGUCCUUACACCAUUCUCCACACCGCAGGCAGUUCAGAACCUGUCACAGCCAUGUUCAUGGGUUUCCAUACAGCACAGGAUGACAGCAGGCAGGUUCAGGAGUAUGAGGGUUGCCUUAAGGCUGAAAUUGUUAUUGUUGAGGAAGACCCUGGUGAGGAUGACUGCUUGAAGGAAGUGAAAAAAUGUUACCAGGUUCCAGCAGGAAACACAGCCAAAAGAAACCAGGGAAUACUGUACAGAGUCAGAGAGCAGUGGUCAGUGAGAGGGGCUGAGCCAGGUUUCAGAAACAUGAGAGAAAAACAGAUACCAUGCUGUACGAUUUGCUGAACGUCUAAAUGUGUUGAACUCAUCCUAGAGUUCUACAUAUCCAGGUUACAUCCAGGUUUUAAUGUCCUCAGUACAUGCCUGUAUUCUCCCUAACAGAUUGGAUUCAUCAGGAUUUAUAGAUGGAUAUAGCUGAGCAUCAGCAUAACAGUGAAGAUUUAGACUAUGCUGUCUGAUGAUUUUUCCAGCUGGAAGUAAAGAUAUAAUAAAGACAAUUGGUCCAAGCACAGAGCCCUGUGCCUCCAUAGGCAAGUAACCCUGAAGUGGGAAGAUUUAUUGUUCACGAGCAAACCGGAAUCUGUCAGAUGUUUGGAUGCUUUCUGCACAUCGCACAUUUGAUGUGCGAUGUGCAGAAAGCAUCCAAACGUCCAAAGCUCCAGAAGAAGAUAAGUUAACAAAACAAUGUCUAAAAAAAGGACUUAUCCUUCAUGGAGAAAGAAAAGAGGAAGAAUGGAAAAAAGCCAAGAUAGAAAUUUGUAUUAAUAUGUCUUUGUAAUGUAAUGUUUAUAAAAAAGAUUUGUGAAACUGCUAAUAGAAAAUUAGCUUUAUAGCGACCUUGAACGGUUCAGUUCAACAGCCAAACAUUUAUGCUAGUGUCUUUGUGUGGAGCUGAGUUUUAACUUGAAAUGAGUUGAUUCUCCUGCUUGGCUCUGUAUAUUUCUGAGGUUUUCUUUGGCUACAAAGCGGCGUGUUUGAUAACAUUUGAUAACAAUAAUUAAAACUUCUCAAUGUUU